UGCAUGGACUGGCUCGCACGAGGGCUGACCGGAGUGGCCAACGCCGGUGCAUUCGCCCUGGUCGCUCGGCUGGCUCCUGCGCCGACCCACACCUGUGAGUGUUCGUUCGAGGCCCCGACGGCCGACGAGAAGGUGUUGGCCGUCCUGCAGAGCCAGCUCGACAACUACACGACCGUUCUCGCGUUCGGCCUCCUGUACUUCAUCGUCGGCAUGCCCACCGGUGAUUCGUGGAGCCGCAGCGACUUUUUCGAAUACGACAGUGGAUUCCACUGGCAUCACCGCGCGCUGCUGAAGCCCACGCCCGUGCCUGGCCGCUGGAUCAUCUGCACUCCCGACCUGAGCGUGCAGGUGGCCAGCCUGGACGCUCAUCGGAUCAUCGCUUUGGAGCGGGAGUCGGCCAUCCCCGCUCAACGCGCUCGCGCCGCGUACGUCUUCGACCCCCUGCAGCCUGCCGAGUUGGAGCAGAUGCGUGCACGGGCAGUGGCCUUGCUGGACAUCCUCGGGAUCACCAGCGCUGGCCCCGCCCUGCCGUUUCAGGCCGCUUGGAGAGUGGCGGACCCUGCCUGCGCUGGCUUCGACGAGGGGCUGCCGACCGCCAUCACCGCCGAUCGCGACUCGUUCAUGCAGUCGCUGGACGGCGCGCUGGGCAUGGCGUUGAUCGACGACGAGUGGGUCGCCGUCGCCUCGGCCACUCCCGACAGCCACGACGACUGGUUGCGUCAGAAUCGUGCUGGAGGUGGUCGGGGCUCGCGUUUGGUAGGGGGCGCGCGGGUCAACGGAACGCGGUUCAUGCCCAUGGUCGACGUCGUCUCCACGUCCUCGAUCGAGUCGGUGCCAGGGUGCGAGUGGAUGACGCGCCAGUUGGACUUCGCGAGCAAGAGCGGCAUCGGGCGCCAGUCAGGCUUUGCCCGCGCGCGCCGCCGCAUCUCCGAGGUGAUGACCCACGUGCAGUGCUUCGGCCAGCUGAACUUUUACAAUUUGGCGUCGGCCGAGCCCUUGACGCGGUAUAUCCACCAAAUCGAGAGCGCAGUUCGAAAGAGCCCGAAGAACUCAGACGCGAGCGGCGUGGACAUGCUUCUGUCUUCAGAGAUCGACGAGAACGGCGGCAUCAUCGCGACCAAGUACCAGCGCUGGGUCAGCCCCGCGCAGCGCGACCAAGCCCAGACCAUGAAGCAGGACGAGGCCGCGGCGGACACGGGCAAGGCGGCGGCCGCAGUGGCGGCCGAGGCCAGGGGGCGGACGGCCCCCCCGGCGGCCGCGGCGGCUAGCCCCCGCUUGGGGGCAGACCGCGGGGAGAGCCCGCCUUCGACAGACAUCGCGCUGGCGCAGGCCUAUCUCGACCUGAUCAAGAGCAAGGCUCGCAAGCUGCUGUGCCACGAGAGGCAGACCAUCUAUCGGGCCGCCGCGGACGUCGACCUGCUGGUGGAUGCUGGUGAGAUUGCACAGAUCCGCCCGUGCUGCGGCGUCAGUCUACGCUUCAGCUCGGCCAAAAGGAGGGACUUCAUCCGGGCGACGCACCGCCUCGGGCUCGUGUCCUUCCGACACAGCAUCGCCCACAGCGUCGGCUGCUUCUUCGCCGCCAGGAAGAAUGGCGACAUCCGCCUUGCGGUCGAUGGCCGCGACGGGGUCGACCUGAAGGAUGGGUUUUACCAGUUCGCGGACCAGGACCUGGCCCCGAACUCCGGCUUCGACGUCCCUGAGAAGGCGAACUGGCACGGCUGCCCCCGCGCGCGCGACGAGACCUCGCAGUCCUUCGAGCCCGUGAGCGGCGACUCGCGCGUGUGCCUUGUUCUGCGAGCUGCCCAUGGGCCGAUCCCGGAGCUUGCACAUCUGCCAGCAGGACGCCCGCAGCUGGCGCUGGCCUUUGACCGCCCGCUCGUCGCCCCCUACGUCGACAGCGGGACCCUGAUUGGCCUGGCGCCUGCAGCUAAUGGUACUGGGCUGGCCGCUGCGCUGGAUACUAUUAGUGGUCGGCACCUCGCCAAUCAUGAAGUAGCCGAGCCUACCAACGUCGCUGAGAGUACUGUCGGGCGCGGGGUGGCCGCUGGCCAAGCUAUGAAGCGCGUCGCAGGGCACGUGGUGAACCACUUCAUGCUGGCCCGCUGCGCCCUGGCCGCGCUGGAUCACGUCUACAGCUUCAUCAUGGACUUUGGGCCGAGGACUGGCCGAUUCUCAGCUGCCCUGACAUCCGAGCUCCGCACCAUCAAGGGGCUCGUCUUCUUGUGUCAGGCCGACUUGGGCGCGCCGUGGAGCAGGAUUGCCAGCGCGUCGGACUCUUCCAUGCUGGGCUACGCGCUCCACCUCGCUGCCGUCGAGCCUGACGAGGUCGUCCGCGCCGCUCGCAACAAGGAGCGCUGGAGGUUCAGCGAGGCCGACUUCAGCCGCGGACAUGGCGCGAUGACUCCGAGGACGAGCUCCUCGCCGCCGACCGGUGGCGCGGAGUUCUCUGCGUCCGACGCUGCCAUCCAUGAGAAGGAGUCUGGCGUCCAGCUUCUCGGCCCGCGCUUCGCUGGCCGCGGCCCCAGCUUCUACGGCGGGAAGGUGUUAUCGAUGGGGGGCAACAUGGGGGCUGCGCUCAUUUUUGAGAAGGGGCGCGCCAAGUCGCGGGCCCUGAGGCAGCUGAGCUCGGACGCCCGCGGCAGCGCCGGCUACGAGCACCUCUCGAGGGAAGCGCGCUCGAACCGGUCAGCUAUUCGCUACCCGCGCGACCUCCAGCAGCCGCUCAGGGUCGCCAGCCUCUCGCGCCCGCCUGGCUCGCCGCCGGAGUGGGCGGCCGCCGCCAGGCAGCGGGGCGCAGGGCGCCGGCCGCGGCCCGCCAUCGCCAAGCUGCGGCGACAGGCUGUCGGAGACGGCCCGCGCCCCGCGGGGUGCCAUCGAGCGCAGCCGGCGCCGCCCGCGACUCUGACUCGCUAUCAAGACGCCUACGAGAAGUUAUUGGGCUUCGCAAGCGAGCACGGGCUCAGCAUCCAGGCAGGAGCCGCAGUCGACAGCAGCCUGAAAAUCUAUGUGGAUCACCUGCGGUUCGACGGCAGAGGCAUCUACGACGCUCGAGUCGCCGCGCGCGGGACCGCGCGCGUGCGGCGCAGCAACCUGAAGGGCCCGACUGCGCUGCAGCUCGCCCGCGCCGCGCAGCGAGGCUGGCAGAAGCGCGCGGGAAACGUCUCGCGAGCCCCCAUGCCACAGCAGGCUUGGUUUCUCGCCUGCGACAGGCUCUGCGACACCGGCAACAAGGCCGAUCUCAGUGCCGCCCAAGCCCUGGCCGGCCGCGAUCAGGCGGCUGGCCUCCCCGCCAAGCUCAAGGCAGCGAAGCGAGGUAGUUCCGCGCCUUUGUUCGGCCUGACCUCGGCGGAGCACGAGCGCCGCUGCAAGGCCGCCUUCGAGGCCUGCAGCCUUUGGCGCCUCCCGCCUCACGCCGCGAAUG